GGGCGCGGCGGAGACAGGGAGGAGCCGGGUCGUACCGGACCGACCCCAGCGGUGACAGAAUCAUUAACAAAUGCCUGGAAAGUCCUCGUUGGAUUCUCGUGUUUUAAACAGAGUUUUGUGAGCAUCUUUCAUCUUUACUUGGAAAAGAAAGAUGUGGAAAGCCUCGGCUGGCCACACUGUGUCGAUCACCCAGGACGACGCGGGAGCUGACGACUGGGAAACCGACCCCGAUUUCGUGAAUGACGUAAGCGAAAAAGAGCAGCGAUGGGGGGCCAAAACCGUCCAGGGGUCUGGGCACCAGGAACACAUCAACAUACACAAGCUGAGAGAGAAUGUGUUUCAAGAACACCAGACCCUCAAGGAGAAGGAGCUUGAAACGGGACCCAAAGCCUCGCAUGGCUACGGAGGGAAGUUUGGUGUGGAGCAGGACAGGAUGGACAAAUCAGCUGUCGGCCAUGAGUAUCAGUCGAAGCUUUCCAAGCACUGCUCGCAGGUCGACUCCGUCCGGGGGUUUGGAGGCAAGUUUGGUGUCCAGGUGGACAGAGUUGAUCAGUCUGCUGUGGGCUUUGAGUACCAGGGGAAAACUGAGAAACACGCCUCGCAGAAAGACUACUCGAGCGGUUUUGGUGGCAAGUACGGUGUGCAGUCUGACCGCGUGGACAAGAGCGCGGUGGGCUUCGACUACCAGAGCAAGACGGAGAAGCACGAGUCACAGAGAGAUUACUCCAAAGGUUUUGGUGGCAAGUAUGGUAUCGACAAGGACAAGGUGGAUAAGAGCGCGGUCGGCUUUGAGUAUCAAGGCAAAACCGAGAAGCACGAGUCCCAGAAAGACUACGUGAAAGGCUUUGGAGGGAAGUUCGGUGUGCAGACAGACAGACAGGACAAGUGUGCCCUUGGCUGGGAUCACCAGGAGAAGCUGCAUCUGCACGAAUCCCAAAAAGAUUAUAAGACCGGUUUCGGAGGCAGAUUUGGUGUUCAGUCCGAGAGGCAGGACCCCUGUGCUGUGGGCUUUGAUUACAAGGAGAGACUGGCCAAGCACGAGUCCCAGCAAGACUACUCCAGAGGCUUCGGUGGGAAAUACGGGGUGCAGAAGGACCGGAUGGAUAAGAACGCUUCCACCUUUGAGGACGUUGCCACGGUGGCCUCCACUUAUCAGAAGACUGUCCCUGUCGAAGCAGUGAGCAGCAAAACCAGUAACAUCCGAGCUAACUUUGAAAACCUGGCGAAGGAGAAGGAGCACGAGGACGGGCGGAAGGCAGAGGCGGAGCGGGCGCAGAGGACGGCGAAGGCGCGGGCGGCGGCACGGAGGCAGCUGGACGAGCAAGCCCAGGCCCAGAAGCCCACGCCGCCCGCGUCGCCCACGCCCCAGCCGGCCCAGGAGAGGCCGCCUUCAAGCCCCGUCUACGAGGCUGCGGCUCCGCUCCAGGCCGAGCCGAGCUACACCGGUGAGCCUGAGCCGGUGUACAGCACGGAGGCCACCAAGUACCAGGAGGCCUAUGCCCCGGAGGCCGUCUACGAAAGCACGGAGGCGCCGGGCCACUACCAAGCAGAGGAGGGUACCUAUGGAGAAUAUGAGAACGACCUUGGAAUCACAGCCAUCGCCCUCUACGACUACCAGGCUGCGGGCGACGAUGAGAUCUCCUUCGACCCCGACGACAUCAUCACCAACAUCGAGAUGAUUGACGAUGGCUGGUGGCGCGGGCUGUGCAAGGGCAGGUAUGGGCUCUUCCCCGCCAACUACGUGGAGCUGCGGCAGUAGGUGGCUGGCCACGCCCUCGCCGUCUGUGGCCACGCCUGCCUUCUGGUGUUUUCUUCAGGGUGCCGAGGGGAGUAUGCGUACUGCUUUUAUGUUUAAUACUUUUGCUGAUGCUUUUGAAAAUGUUUACGCCACAGAACUUGCUAAUAUAUUGUAAUCAUGCUCCUUG